UGUAACAGCAGAAACUGUCCUCGCUCGAGGUGGCCCGAAUUCAAAAUGCUGAAGAGGAAGCCAUCCAAUGCCUCAGAGAAGGAGAAACAGCAAAAACCAAAGCGCAGCAGCAGUUUUGGGAAUUUUGAUCGUUUUCGGAAUAAUUCCACAUCAAAAUCUGAUGACUCAACUGAGGUCCAUGAAGGGGAAGUAACAAAUGGAAGUGAAGAACAAAAGAAAACUUCAAAUAAUGGAGCAAAUCUAGGUAAAAAAAUGAGGGCUAUUUCAUGGACAAUGAAGAAGAAAGUGGGGAAAAAAUACAUCAAAGCCCUUUCUGAGGAAAAAGAGGAGGAAAAUGGAGAGGAAGCCCUCCCAUAUCGGAACAGUGAUCCCAUGAUUGGAACACAUACAGAGAAGAUCUCCCUCAAACCCAGUGACUCCAUGGAUAGCCUCUACAGUGGGCAGAGCUCUUCAAGUGGAGUAACGAGCUGUUCAGAUGGAACAAGUAACAGGGACAGUUUCCGGCUGGAUGACGACAGCCCCUACUCAGGGCCGUUCUGUGGCCGGGCCAGAGUGCACACAGACUUCACACCAAGUCCCUAUGACACCGACUCCCUCAAAAUCAAGAAAGGAGACAUUAUAGACAUUAUCUGUAAAACACCAAUGGGAAUGUGGACAGGGAUGCUGAACAAUAAAGUGGGGAACUUCAAAUUCAUUUAUGUGGAUGUUAUCUCAGAAGAGGAAGCAGCUCCCAAGAAAAUAAAGGCGCCCAGAAGCAAUAAAAGAGAGAGCGCCAAGACUCUGCAGGAUUUCUUAGAGAGGAUUCACCUUCAGGAAUAUACUUCAACAUUUCUGCUCAAUGGUUAUGAGACCCUGGAAGACUUGAAGGAUAUUCAAGAAAGUCAUCUCGUUGAAUUAAACAUUGCCAAUCCAGAAGACAGGACGAGGCUACUCUCUGCUGCUGAGAGUCUCCUGGAUGAGGAGACCACUGAAGAGCAAGGAAAUGAAUCUGUGCCUCUGUCCUUAAGACCAGACAUCUUAAGUAAGUCACAGUUAGAUGACUGCCCAAGGGACUCUGGCUGUUAUAUCUCAUCAGGAAACUCGGAUAAUGGCAAAGAGGACCUGGAGUCAGAAAAUCUGCCUGACAUGGUACAGAAGAUUGCCAUCACAGAACCCAGUGACUGAAAACACAUUCACUGAACUCCUUAUCUACAGAGGAAUUCCAUUUGAACUCUUCAUCUGCUACAAGAUCAAACAGAAGUGUUCUAAAUGCAUCCCAAAGUGCAAAUUGUUUUAAUAUGAAUGAUUGCACAUACAAACUUAUAUCGCUAAAUU